AGUAGAAGAGGAAAACAUUUACCGAUUCAACGUGUUCCGACAAGUUCAAACUUGCAUGAACGUGCAUGAACGUGCAUGUGAGAGUUUGCGUCUGUAAACAGUAUUUAGUGAAGUGUCGUGUGGUUUAAUUUAAAUUUGUGUAGAGUUUCAUUGUUUCGUACUGCUUGCUGCAGAGAUGAGCAGUGCUGCUACAUCAUUGAGUGCAUCCACCUGCGCCUGCUCGGGAGGCGGAAGUGAACCGGGGGCCAGGUAUGUGCAAGUGGUCCUGGAGUCGGAGACAUCUUCCGAGAUGUCGACCGACGAGAGCGUUCUCUCUUUUCAAGGGGCAGAAACUGGCCUUGCGAAGAGCUUGUCGGACACCUCAACGUCGUCCGAGGAAGAGGCACCCCCGCCACCGAGGUACCUCGCCGGCCUCGGCAGAGGCGUGGCCAGGCUCUUCAUGUUCUCCGGCGGCACGCCCGUGCCAAGGCAGCCGGUCGAGUUCGACGUGGCCAGUCUGUCGGAGGACGGCGGCGACCCGCUGGGGGAAAGCGGGAACUCGAGCGACGUCAGUGCCUUGAAGGUAUUCCCUGGUGUCCUGGCUGCGACUAUUGCAAUGCAGGACAGCGACUACACGUCCUUCGUCGACGGCUCUGAGGAGAGCAGCGAGAGGCCGGAUUCGGAGCUGUCCAUGACGGACUACUGGAGCUGUGUGCAGUGCAAGGAGAAGAACAACAACCCCCUUUUCCGGUUCUGCGAGCGCUGCUACAGGGUGCGGAAGGAAUUCUUUCCCCCGAGACCAGGCGGUGUGAAGACCCGCGACGGCCUCAAGAGAAAGAGGGAGGAGAAGCGCAACGCGCGGUUGAAGCACAAGGGCUUGGAAGCCAGCGACCUCUCCAGCGGGGGGGAAGAAGCGGAGGAAGUGGCGGCGAAGAAGCCCAGACCGGAACGCGGCCACCAGGCGGCGGACAGCGGCAUCAGCUGCUCGAGCCAGGAGAUGCUGAGCCAAGACCUGGCGCUCACUCUCCAUUGUGCCAGCGUCCAGGACAGACUGAAAAGCAUGAUGCCGGGCAGGGGCUCGGUGACGUGUGGCGGCGUGGACGUCUUGGACGGGACGGGGGGCGUGACCGCGGAGGGCGGGGGCGUCGAGGAGGGUCCGGCCCGCGCCCCGAAGCGUCCCGCGGAGGAGACCUGCGGUGACUUGCGGGCCGCCAGCUUCCUGGACGAGGGCCUACCCGGGACGAGUCGCGACGGGGAGCGCCCCGAGAGCUGCUCCUCCUCCCGGGAGCUGCCGUCUCCCGAGGGCCCGCCCGCCGCCCUGGGGACCUGUGCCGCCUGCCGCAAGCUCGCCGUGCUGCGGACGUGCAUCGACUGCCACAAGACUGCGAGCGAGAGCGCGCAGUGCAUUAUCUGCUGCUCCCAGCCCAAGAACGCCACCUUCGUCCACCUUCGCGGCAGGAUCGUCCAUACCGCCGCCUGCUACGCGUGCGCGCUGCGGAUUUGGAAGACGAAGAAGCGUUGCCCGGUGUGCAACUUGAAGAUAAAAACUAUUUAUAAAAACAUUGUUGUUUGAUAUAAAGAACUCGCUCAUCUUAUUACGUCUUCGGUGUUUUUCGAUUUGUGAUUGUUGAGUAGUGAUGCAUUGCAGCAGAAACUGGUACGUGGUCAUGAAUGGUAAUACAGUAAAACCCCUGGUUCCUGGGCAUAGGGUCAUGGGGGGGGGGGGGGGGACUGACAGCCAGACACACACCCCAUUUCCAAACCUGUGCUCCUCAAAAUAUGCUUUUUUUUUCCGUGCCGACUCCAUGUUCACGUGGUGAAAUUCACGGUGCAGAUGUAUCGGUUAACGAGCUCUAAUUAAGUUUAACCCUAAUUUCAUAAGGGAAAUCAAAGGAAUUUUGAUUACAAUGUUAAUUUAUUUAACUUUGACAGUAAGCACAUAACAUACCAGAGAGGUGAAGAAUGUUAAAGCAUUGUGACGUUGCUUUAUUAUCGUGGAAUGUUAGGAAGUAUGGAGCAUGGACAGCAGCCAGUGUUUUUCCUGCUUGGGGAAUAAAAGGCUUCUUUUUUCUCCCCACUACACUAUGCAACAAUCUUUUUUUGUUAACUCAUGUCAAAAUAAACAUGACUGCGGCAGUUAAAAGGGAGGUAGGAGGGUUGUGCUUGCUUCCACUCAGUCGCAGUGUACGCGUAGGAGCCAGAAAAAUAAGCAUCUUGCUAUAGUUUUUUUUUCUUCAGCUAAAUAAGUUAAAAAUAUCAUUCACUUGUAAAAAUAUUUUUAAUAAAAUAUUACUGCUACAUAUAUUUUGAUAAUUUGAAAAUCAUGGUACAAAAUUUAUCUUCGUAACAUUUAGAAAGAAACAACCCUUUGUGUAGACUUUCAUUUACCAGACUCACCCUAUUUUCAGACAUAAUGUUUGUCUAGGAUAAAUUUAUGUGCUAUUUAACUUAUCAGCAAUUAAGUUAGGUAAUACAAAAAAAAUUCAUCCGCCAUUUUUGCCGUGGACUUUUUUCUUUAGAAGAAGUGUGAAGUAAACCACAGCAGUACUACAGUUACUUGGUGUUUCUCCAAAUUUUACACUUGACUCAUAUUAUGAAUUUCUGGUUAUUAUUCUCUACAAUAGUUAUUUGCUACCAUACUUUGUGAUAUUGCCAUGUCUCUGAUAUUCAGCCAAGUUACAUGCAUUCUUAGAUAACGUCAAAAUACAACCCAACCCAUUAAUCCAUUUGAUUUGUGAAUUAUUCUAUGAAUUAAACCUGCAACCUAAUGUUUGCUAGCAUAUCACACAACUAAUUUUUGCAAUAAAGUAAUCAUUAUAAUUAUUUUUGUGGUUUUAAUCUAGAAAGGAAUGAAAAAUUUUGUUUGUUUGAAAAACUGAACUAGAUGGUUAUUUGUUAGCAUUUGUGUAUGUGAAUAUUUAGUUCGUAAACAUUUAGAAUGAAAAUAUUAAUUUUUUUAAUAAGUUACAUUUAAGAUGCUAAUUUACAAAAUAAUUUAUCUUAAUUUGGAAAAAAAAAAAGUAGAUGCUAAUUUUUCCAGCCCCUAUGUGUAUAUGUACUCAAAAAGCAUGUCAUAGCAUUUCAGUUUAUCAGUUUGUUGACAUUUCUAAUAUAUUUUUACUCUCGUCUUAGUAAAAUUAGGUGAGCCAAAUACGGUGUGGUAAUGUCUCUUAACUUAAUAUGGUAAAUCAGUCUUUCUGUAGUUUUCUCUCUAUUUGCAUUACGAACAACCCUAAAAUAAAUACCAAAAGUUAAUUUUUUUGUCUGAAGGGGGGAAAAAGUCUUGGUUAUUCUGCAAGUUUUUCUGAAUUUUGGGGUCCAGUACAUACUUUAUUACACUCGUACACCAAAUCAGAAGUCUGUAUAUUAUAUUUAAAAAAGUGUGCGAGUUAACAGCUAUACACAAAAAAAAAAUAUAUAGUACAACCGAUUCGGAGAGAGAAACAAAUAGUAAGUCAACGAAUGGUAAUCAAAGCCGAGAGAGAUUCAAAAUCCUAGAAAUGUAAGUUAUCUUAUAAGAACAGUAGCAGAGAGUGUAGUGUGUCCGAAAGCAAGUGGUAUCACAAUGGUUGGCUUGACCAGGGGCGAAACAACUAAAUUCCCAAAGGGGGGUCAAUAUACCUUUUUAUAAAGAAUCAUCGAUCCCCCAUAUUGAAGCGGGGGGUCCGGUCCUCCCCCAGGAAAAUUUGUAUUCAAAGGUGGAAAAUGGUGCUAUUAAAGCAGUUUUACUAUCUAAAAAUUGAUUACACAGCACUUUCUUUGCCCCCGUUUGCCCCCACUUCAAGGUUUCAGAGGGGGGGCAAAAUAGCCUUGCCCCCUCCUGUUGCACCCCUGGGCUUGAUGGCUGAUUAGUGCCGGGCGCAUGACACACAGACAUGUCUGUGCCUGGGAACCGUUAUCCUCGGUAGAAGGGAGGAAGGGAUCAGUGAAGAGGAGGGGGUAUCCACUGCUUCAUGUGCAGUACCACGCUCGCCAAGAGAAACAAAGCACAAUCUGCCUCAAACUAAUUUUUGGCACUGUUUACUUCAAUUUCUACUUUUAAAAAGAAAUUUUUUACGGUUCCUCGAAAAGGGGUCAUUUUGGAGAGGUGGUAAUAAGCGGGGUCGUAGCAGCCAGGGUUUUACUGUACUAGAAACUUGGAAAUUAGUUUUGGUCCUCUGACAUGCUUCAAAAUGAAUGUUUAUAUUUAUAUUUGGAAUCUAUUUUGUGCAAUAAAAUUAAUUUUCUCUUGCUCUUAACUCAGUUACACAGCUUUUCUAGCUAUAAUAAUACACAGUUUUUUACUGUAAAAUAAACACAUUUCUUGUAAUACAAACUGAUAAUUUCCAUGUAAUUUUCUUUUCAUUGUAAAUAUGUAUGUAGUGUACAUUUAUUAUCACCAUUUGUUUUAACUUAUUGUUAAAGUGAAAUGAAAAAUGUAGUCACAAAAGAAUGCCAAUUGUCUCGUUACAGCUUACAUGUCAUGUGGUAAAUUACAAAAUUACCUCAAAGUUAUUUGAACACAAAGAAUACAUUACAAAUUUCCUAGCAUUGUAGCAGAUGGUGAGACUAGUUCACCAAGCGUAUGCAAGUCAUCUUGUUUGAUUGCGUGAAACUGUGAGAUAUCUCAUGUGUCACACACUACAACAUAAUGCAAUAUCUUUUUUUUUUUGUAUGCUGUUGGGAAAGGCAUUCUUUUCACAAACAAAUUGCACGGGAUGACUUAAAAUAUUUUAUUAUUUAUUGUAUUUGUUUUUGUUGCUUGAACAGGGACUUAAUGUUUUCUGUAUCAGAUGUUUAUAUACUUUUUUUCAAAUGGAUACGAUGGUAGUGACUUGUUUUUAGAGUUUUUCUGGGUUGGUCAUUAAACAUAACCUGAAACUGUUAGUCUUAGUUUCUGUUCUCACAGGAAGUUUCAGUGGAACCCACUGUGCCCUGUUCGUUACGCCCUUCUCUUGAGGGGACCUGGUUGUGUAUUUAUGUGGCAGGAAUGUGUGUGGCGUAUGUUUGUCUUUCAGCCCAUACUCUGUGCUUAUUUCGUUGCAAAACUAUAAUGGUUUGAUCAUGCCAUGUACGUUGAAAGGUCUUUAAUCCGGUAUUCUAUGGUUCUGCACGUUGUAUAAUCUGUAGGCCUGUACGAAUAUCAAUUCUUUUAAUUUGAAUCAAAUAUGAAUAUCGAAUUAAAAUAGUAAGAUUGCGGAUUAGAAUCCCACCAUUUUAUUUAUUUUUUCAUGUGAAACAAAUACAUAGAGAAAGAGAAAGUGACUUCUGAGAAAUUAGGCAAAUAAUACUAAAGUGAAAAGUUGGUUGGAUUACAUCGGCUAAAAUAUGUAAAAUAUUAAAAUUAAGAAUAAAAAUAAUUGUGUUUUAAUUAUGCAGCAAUCUUAACCUAACCAAUCUUUCACGUUAGUUUCUAUUUGCCCUAUUUUCCAGAACCUGCUAGACUACAUAUUGAUACAGAAAAUUUUACUGAGCUGUAAAAUACAGUAAAUUCGAUUACAUCUCACGAAAAACGUUAAUCUUUUAUUAAAAUGCUGUAUUCCCAAAUUAGUGUUUAAAUGUCCUCAUAUUUAAAAUUUUAGACCAUAGUUAUUUAUGCUUUUUCGUCAAUGGCAAUCAGGUUAACUGUACUUCAGUUCAGCAAUAAUAUAAAAACAAUCUCUGCUAAUUUUUUAUGGAGUUGGAAACCAUUAUUUACGUAUUUUUAUAGUGUUUUUAAGUUGCGAUGUUUGUUUUGUCAUAGAAACAUACAGCAAGUAAGUUACUACUGUGUCGCGACUAUCGUUAUAGAUACACUGUUGAAACUAUGACGUUCACUUCUUAUAGUGGCCAUUGCAAAGGAGUUUAUGUGUUUUGUGGUGUUGUAGACCAUAGUAGGUAUUGACAUUUAUUUAUUUUUUACCCACUAUUGGCACGUGAUGAAAUGGAUAGUACUAAUACUUUAGUUUCAAGUUAAAAAUAACAAAUAUGCUAUGUUUUGAAUCGUUCACACAAUUUUUAUAUUACUUUUUGGUGAGACAGUUGUGAAUAAUAACUUAGAAUACUUAAAAGUCAGUUAUUGAAAUCUCAACAGUGAACGUUGGUAUAAGACACUCAUGUCAUAACGAAUGCUAUGUCAAAUAUUCAUAUGCAAAUGAAUAUUUGUUAUUUUGAAGUAUGUAUUAAUAUUAGAGGUCGAAUCAAAUAUGAAUAAUAAACUAUUCGUAUUCAAGAAUUAAAAUGUUCACACAGGUCUAGUAAUUGCUAAUUGGGCACCAAUUAUUUCUUCAGGGUGGAUUGUAGCUGUUGAUUCUGGCAGCCAGGCAUUGCACCUGCAAUUUUAGUUUGCUCAGAGUUUAUGAUUACUGUCUGUUUUCAUAACUAUUUUCCAAAGAUGACCAAUGCCUAUCUGUAUUUUUUUUUUCUUUGGCAUUAUCGUUGAAAUUAUCUUAACGUUCAAUAAUCCAGCAAAAUCACCAAACUGCCAGCCCCAGAUUAUCUUAAUUAAAGACCUUUCACUACUCCUAAAUGUUCUUCCUCAUAUGUUUUUGGAACCACAUUGUGAAAUAGUAAGUGGUUGUGAAACUGGUACAUGUAAUGGAACAUAAAAGUAGGAUCUUUGCCUGAAUUUAAAGUGAAGCUAAGAAUUUUACUUUGAAUGCAUUCUGAAUUGGUCUAAUAUAAUUCAAAUACGUAGUAGUUAUUAAAGUGAGUUUAAGGUUACUGGUGAACAAAAUGUUUUGAAAUAAUACAGCACACAGAAUGAUAAAAUUAAAGUAUGAACUUAGUAAACUACUUUGCUGCUUCAUUAAAAUGAUUUCAUAGCAUAAUUUAUUUUAUUCACAAUAUUUUAUCUCUUCAUAGUACAUGUUACAGUUUCUUUGCAAUAGAUACUCAUGCUGCAUCUGUUGUACAAUGUUCAUAGUUGUGCUCUAUAUGCACACAUACAGGUAUAUAUAAAGCGAUCAUAGGCCAUCACUAUUCUGACCAGUACAGUGGUACAAGAAAUCUGAAAAACUUCUGUUUUUGUGUUGCCUUGUUACUGCAGUUGCUCACAAAAAUUUUAGUUCACUAAAUAAACCUUUAAGCUUAA